UUACGCACGGCACUCAUAGCUCACGGUGGCGUAUCCUGCUCGUUGACAUUGGGAGAGCACACCGACACAAGGACGCCUCUCUGCUGACUCCUCUUCCAGGGCAGGAUGGGAGCCUCCUUGUCUACUCCUGCGGCUCCUACAGUCUGGGCAGAGGCGAUGACAGCCGCCCCUCCUCAGGGCUGUCCCAUGGACCAAGAAGCCCCGCCUGUUAAAGUUUCUCCACCUGUGGAGUGCCCCAUGCAUCAAGCUCAGCCUGUGAAAGCGUCACCCCCUCCGGAGUGUCCGAUGCACCAAGCAGUGCCGGGUCCAGUUCACCAGGACCGGGCCUAUGACUUUGUGGAGUGUCCCAUGAAAGCUGCAGAAGGCAUGAAGAGUGACAUCGACCCAGCCAACAUGAUGCCGCCUCCUAACCAAGUACCAGCUCAAGACCAGCCCUUCGCCCUCCCACUGGCCAGAGAGGAGUCCAACAUUCCUCGUCACAACACAGAGAAGAAGUGGGUUUACCCAUCUGAGCAGAUGUUCUGGAACGCUAUGCUGCGGAAAGGGUGGCGCUGGCGUGAAGAUGACCUCGGCGCUCAAGAUAUGACCAACAUCAUCAAAAUCCACAACACGAACAACGAGCAGGCCUGGCAGGAGAUCCUAAAAUGGGAGGCGCUGCAUGCAGGUGAAUGUCCUUGUGGGCCGACCCUGAAGAGGUUCGGUGGUAAAGCCAAAGAGUUCUCCCCCAGGGCUCGCUUCCGCCACUGGUUGGGCUAUGAGCUGCCUUUCGACCGCCACGACUGGAUCAUUGACCGCUGUGGGAAGGAGGUGCGCUACGUCAUCGACUACUACGACGGGGAAAUCAACAAGGAGAACUACCAGUUCUCCAUCCUCGACGUGCGCCCCGCAUACGACUCUUUAGGCGCCGUCUGGGACCGCAUGAAGGUGACCUGGUGGCGCUGGACCUCCUAAAAGGGACUUGGACACUUGCGUCACACACACACACACACACACACACACACGCAUACAUAUAGGUCACUGUUUGAAUUCAAACACACACACACACACACACACACACAGACUCUGAAACUGGCGUUCCUUAUUUCCGCUCUGUACAGGAUGUGUGGUGCUGUGAACGAAAACAUACCCAGAACUUAUGAAGACAAAUAAAAUGACUGUUGGUGUUUGCAGAACGUCUGUUGGGCAUAAAGCUUCAUCUCAUCAUAUUUAUUUCUGAGGAAAAUCCUCUUUUGGGUUUGCGUUGCAGUUCAAAGGUCAGCGGGUGUCUUGCUCUGCCUUCACUCUGCUCGCACUUCAACAUUAAAGAACACUCCGCCGAAGUUACACACAAAGUUUGUUGUCUUCUGUGGCCAAGACUGAGAAGAAAAACAACCUGAUGUCAUGGUGAGGUCAUCGCUGAUCUAGGUCUAUUCUUUUAAAAAUGGACUAAAAGUCAGCAUACAGCUUCUGCUGCCUCAAUUUUAACCAUUUAUUCGUUGACCUUUCCCGAGGUCCCAUGCUGCCUUUAUGUUAAAGCAGUACUGAGUUGCAGGAGAACUUAAGUACAGAUUUGCAGUACUAUUCUGCUAUUGCUGCUUCUGAUUAGUUGCAUUUCAUAUCAGCUUUGAGUCAUUGAAAAAAUGAGAGAGAGUAAAUGAUUUCAACAUUCUCCUCGUUUCCAUCAGCUGAAUAUGAACUUCUAGUUUAAGUUAAAAGACAUGACACAGAUCACAUUGCUGUCUGAAGUUUAUGUUCAGAAUCAUAUAGUUCAAAUGGUCACUUAUGGACCACAGGAUAUUGGUGAUGUGGAAACUAAAUCUCACUUUAUGACUGUAUGACCUAUCACACCGGCUGCAUCACUGAAACAGUGGGAACCCUGGUUGUGAUCACAAAGGUUUAAGCUUCAAAAUAGCUUAUAUUCUCUAUUUGAAAUUGAUGUGUAUAUAGUGAAAAUAUAUAAAUAAAAGAAAUGUCCCACUAGGACACUCCAGUUAGUUUUCUUUGUGUCGUCUGCCAGACAGUAUUUUGCUUUGGGUGCUAAUUAACUUGAACUGUGGCUCAAAUGUAAACCAGCUCACGGCUGUACCUCUGUCAGUGACCCUCCAUGUGGACUGAAAGGUGCUCAGAGUGGAGGCAGCUCCCUGACCGGCUGACUGUGAUGCUAGAGAACCCACCAUGUGGUUCUCCACUGGUCCAUGCUGUCAUGUUUUACUGGAGGUAAUAUGUUUUACUGGUAUGUAUAUAUAUAUAUAUAUAUAUAUAUAUAAAAACUUUUUUUUUUUUAAAGGACCUGGAUGGACAUGAGCCUUGCUGUUAAAUCAGUUGGACAUCAGUAGAUUGUUUGAAAGUUAACUGUUAAUCACUGCAGUUUAUUUUGUAUACUGAAAACUCUAUUAUUUCAUCAAGGGUGUUAAAGCUCUAAAUUCACUUUCUAUCAGAGUCAAUUAAUGACUUUGAAUCUGCUUUUGCUCCCGCGUUGUAUUCAGCUUAUUGUUUUUGGUUAUUUGUAUUUAUUGAUGGAGUAGAUUUCCGAGGACAUAAUCUUGGUUCUUGAGAAGAAGUUCUUGUAUGUAAAAAUUAAAUACAUCAUUUUAUUAGCUCUGGUGGUCAACUAAACUUAACAAUAAAGCUGCUCAUCUUCUGC